AUGGCUUCUGAACAGAAAUUGCGCCCUGUUCAGAGCUGUCAGAUGUUGCCUGCUGUGGUGUCCACAGAACAACAAUCUCUGGUGCUUGUGAAGAAACUAUUAGCCAUUGCUGUCUCAAGCAUCACUUACCUCAGAGGGCUUUUCCCAGAAAAGGCCUAUGGAAACAAAUAUGUUGGAGAACUGAAAGUCCUGAUACUGCGAGAGCAUAGCUGUCCUGGUGCUCAGCAGAUUGUGCAGUGGUUGCAGGGAUGUUUUGAUGCACUUCAAAGAAGAUACCUGCGCAUGGUUGUUCUGUCUAUUUACUGCGAUCCAGACAAUCCACAGAAAGUGACUGAAUGCUAUCAGUUUAAAAUCAAGUACACAGAGAACGGACCUCAGAUGGACUUUGAGAGCAAAAAUGGGCACAGUGAGAGUAAAAUGGCCUGUGACAACACCCAGAAAUCCAGUAUGCUGCUGGUGCGCAAACUUUACAUGCUGAUGCAACAUCUCGGCCCGCUGCCUGACAACAUCUGCCUCAACAUGAAACUCUUCUACUAUGAUGAGGUGACCCCUCAGGAGUAUCAGCCACCUGGUUUCAAGGACGAUGACAAUGAGACGCUGUUGUUUGAGAGGGAACCGGUAAAUCUGACCAUGGGAGAGGUGGUCACACCUUUUCAUAGCCUCAGAAUGAACGUCUCCACUGAGCAAAACAGACUUGAGUCGUUUGAUGAGAAGGAGGUAGUAUGUGUGAGUACUACGAAAUGGUCUUUGAACGUGUUUGAGGAUGGAGUGUUGUCUGAGACUUCAGUGCAGCAGGAGUGUAGGACAAAGGAAAACGUCAUCACCGAUGCAGGCAUUGAAUACUCAGAAACUCAGGAAACCUCACAACAGGGUCACAGAAGUAGCAAGGAGGAUCUCAACCUAAGAAAUGCAAAGACGGACAGUCUGGUAGAGAAGGUGCAUGCAAGGAAGACCAGGAGCGGACGCAUCUUUGCCCCUCAGAUCACUCAGUUAGAGUUCCCGCUAAGCCAAGAUCCCCAGCUAGCAUCCCUGAAGAGGCGCAAAGUCAGUGUACCUAAAGAACAAUGACUUGUGCGAUCACAGUAGUCACAAAGCAACGUCAUUUUUUUAAAAAAAGAUUAAUUUAGUUGCAGAAAUGCAUUGUUAACAAGUUGUAUGGUUCAAGGGAAUAUGAUAACACGAGGGGUGCACAAAUGAAUUUUGUAUUUUGCUGUUUAUGUCGGUUUUCUAUCAGAUAGAUUUAAAAUAGUCAUAUUUUGCUUUCAGUGCUUGUAAAUGGUUACAGCUCUGCAAGAUUUAUUCACUAGAGCUACGCUACGGUGAACACAUGUAAUGAGUCCACUAGAUGGCAGCAUGCACUGUGCUUGUGUGUUUGUAUUAAAGCAGUGAUUCCAAUAAAA